ACGAUUACCGUCUGGCCUUUUAACGCUGACUGGCUGAUCCUAACCCAGAAAAUGCAUUUCAAUCACCACUUUUUUUUAUAUUUUUUUCCGUUAAAUAAAAAAGAGAGAGAGAGAGGAGAAAAAAUAAAAAAGGAUUUUUCUAAAUACAGAGGUCAAAGGGUUUCAUUGAGAUUGAGAAUUGUCAAAAAAUAAAAAAUAAAAAUAAAAAUAAAAAGGGAAAAAAAAGUGGAAGAAAGCGGAUCCGUAUCGAUCAUGUGGUUAAGCCAUGGUUUUCUCGCCCUAGCUUCCGGUAACACUGCCCUUCUCUCGAGGCGCGGCUCAGCCGUUAGCCGGUCGGAAGCCACCUCUCUACGCUACCUUUGAAGCUUCUGCAAAUCCACCGCUAAUGGCGGCUCCCAGGAAUCUGGCACUCAAAGACGAAGAGAAGGCGGAGAUGAACAAUCCGGCGGCCAAGAAGCUGAAAUCUGAGAGAUAUCCUUUCUCCCGGUGGGGAUUGAUGGUGGCUCUAGGCAGUUUUUUGGUCUACUCCGCCGCUCUCUUCUGCAUUUACCGUACAAUGCCGGCCGCCGAUUUCAAAAACAUUAAGCUGCCACGUUCCCUCGCCGAUCUUCGAAUGCUCAAAGAUAAUCUUGGAAGCUACGCCAAGGAUCAUCCUGCACAGUUCAUCCUGGGUUAUUGUUCCACCUACAUAUUUAUGCAAACUUUUAUGAUACCUGGAACAGUUUUCUUGUCAUUGUUGGGUGGAGCUCUUUUUGGAGUUGUUAGAGGCCUUAUAUUAGUCGUUUUCAAUGCUACGGCAGGAGCUACUGCUUGUUUUUUUCUCUCCAAAUUAAUCGGUAGACCUUUAGUUUCUUGGAUGUGGCCUGAAAAAUUGAAACUUUUCCAGUCUCAGAUUGCAAGGCAAAGAGAGAAGCUCCUUAAUUACUUGAUUUUUCUCAGGAUAACACCAACACUACCUAACAUUUUCAUAAACUUGGCAUCCCCCAUUGUCGAUAUACCAUUUCAUGUUUUCCUUUUGGCUACGCUCCUUGGUCUUGUUCCUUCAUCAUAUAUCAUGGUCACGGCUGGUCUUGCUCUUGGGGAUCUCAAAUCCAUCAAGGAUUUAUACGAUUACAAAACCUUGACUGUACUUUUCUUCAUCGGUUCUUUGACCGUUCUUCCCACUAUUCUAAAGCGAAAGCGAACCUACGAAUGAAGAUUCUACAUACAGGAAUUUUUACCAAUUGUAGUUCUAUGACCAUAAGUUAUCUGAAGAACUACAGAGUAUUGGAACGAAAGAAUGGAGAAUCUAAGUCAAGUUAUGGCAGUUAUGUGAGCUUCACAAGUACAAAGUAUCAAAGAUUUUCCCCUACUCAAAAGGAUCCAUCAUAGUGUUCUGUGUUUAUUUACUGAAUCAUCUCUAAAGCUAAUUCUUUUACACUAUGAUCUCAUUCUAGAGCAUAGUAUUAUUUUUUCAUUAAAGAAAAGACAUGUACCAGUGGCUAAAUGCCUAGCAAUGAUAAGUUUUGAUGCAGGAUUCGCAUCUCAUGA